AUGGCCUCGGUCAAUCGCACCUCCUCCAUCGAGCACGGUUCCCAGAUCCGCCCUGCCCCCGGAGACAACGGCGGCGCGAGUGGCAGCGAGGGAUUCAACAUCUCCUCCGCGUUCAAGGUGCGAGAGAUCCAGAACAUGCGGAGGAGGCUUCGGGAGAUGGAGGAGCAGGAGCAGGAGAUAAUACCCACCGCCGCCGUGCCCCAUCCCCAUGAAAUUCCAGCUGCAGAAGCAACAGAAUGGGACAAGUCAGAGGUGGAUGCUCGCUCAAUCUAUGUUGGAAAUGUUGACUAUGCUUGUUUCCCGGAAGAAGUCCAGCAGCACUUUAAAGAUUGUGGAACUAUAAACAGGGUUACAAUUCUGACAGAUGAUUUUGGUCAUCCCAAGGGAUAUGCUUAUGUGGAGUUUGUUGAAGUUGAGGCAGUCCAAAAUGCUAUCCUGCUGAAUGGUACCAAACUUCAUGACCGGCAGUUGAAGGUGUCCCCCAAAAGAACUAAUAUUCCAGGAAUGAGUCACCCUAUGGGAUGGAGCCCAUACCCUUAUUAUCGUUCCUCUCUGACAUAUGAGAGGGUGCCAAGGUUCAGGAGGCCACCCAGGUACCAGCCCUACUGAUUCUGUCGGGUCGCUGCGACUCUUCAGUUUCCAAUGUGCCAUCAUACAGAAGAUGACUAUCCGUAGCUCCACCGAUGUACAACCAAUAAAGGAAAAGACUGAAAGACUGUGACUCGAUGUUGUACCUCCGAUCAUACUAGGAUAGCAUCCUUGUACCUUAGGAAUGACUCUGUGUUCCGAAUUAUCCUGUGAUCAGUCGGUCUGGUGGAUUCUAUACCAUUUCCUUUAGCCGUUAAA